GCUGAAGAAAUGAAGAAACCAUUUGAGUUGCGUGUGGCUAAGCUAAAAAGCACCGGCACCCCUGCUUAUCCUCGGCUUCGCUUCACUCUCUUCAACCUUGUGCUCUAACCCAUAACUCAACAGGUCUAUAUAGUAAAGAAUUGAAAGAAGAGUGAGGAAUUUGAAAGGGGGAAGAGAAGGAGACUAUGGCUUCUGCGACCUUGUUGUGUUGGUGCAGUUCAGACUUGAUAAGGCAUGGUUCAUAUUCCAAUUUUUUUGUAAGACAGAAGGUACUGGAUUUGAAUCAAUCAAUAGUGAGAAGUAGAGGGUGUUAUAAUGAUUAUCAAAAGCAAAAGAAGUUUUUUGUGUGUGCUGCAACUGAAGGGUCUGCAAAGUCUAGUAAAUCUGAAGAAACUAUCCCCACUUGGGCUAAACCAGAUUCUGAUGAACCCCCACCAUGGGCUAAGGGUGAAGGCAAAGAGAACUCAUCAAAGCAGAACUUUGAAGUUCCCUUUUUUGUUUAUUUACUUGCCUCGGCAAUUACUGCAAUUGCUGCUAUUGGUUCCAUUUUUGAGUAUGUGAAUCAGAGGCCGGUUUUAAGGAUUGUGAACACAGACAGCAUUCUGUACGCUCCAUUGCUAGGAUUCUUUGCAUUUACGGGCAUUCCUACUUCUGCGUUUUUGUGGUUCAAGUCUGUUCAAGCUGCUAACAAGGAAGCUGAUGAGCAAGACAAGAGGGAUGGCUAUCUCUAAAGUCACACUUGCAGCAAUGAGUUAAAUAUAGUGUUGAUCUUCUAUGAAACACGAGUACCUCUUUCAUUUAUCUUAACACUUGGCCUUUCAAUUCAAUUUUGCUUCUAUAAGAUAAAUAUCCUAAUUUUACAUUGUGAUACUCCAUCUGUGAAAUUUUUAGUUUAUAGUUAUGUACAGACUUGUGAAUAUCCAAGCUAGCUGAGGUAACAAGUAUACCAUAGACUUGUACUCAAAACAUUUUAUGAUUUUUGUUUGGUAUAGAAAUAUCCUGACAGGAUAUACUGAUGCAUAAGUGGAAGGUUUGAGGUCAUGACCUAUCACACUACCUUCAUAUAUUGAAUGAUUGAAUCUUCCAAUAAUUUUCCCUUCAAGUAAAUAUCAGAUGAAAGCUGCCCUUGCAGAUUAUUUUGGAAACUGUUGAAUUGUCUGGAGCAUGACAGAGAUGUUUCUUGUGUUGCUUCAACCAUACAAGGAAGGCUUUAUAUGAUUUUUAUGGGAAGCCAAUUACCCUGACUGGUGCUUUUGAGCAACUCCUUGUGAAAUGGCAUCUGAUGCUUGAACAUGAUAUACAUGCUUGGGAUGGAGCUAAAUUGCUGAGUAUCAAGUCCUUAAAUAUGAAAGAGUUGCCUUGCAAGUUACCUUUCAAAUUGCUGAAAAGUGCUUGAAUAUAAAAUGAUGCCCUUCUGAUCCAAUGCAUAAAAGAUGAAAAUGUCAUAGACUUCAACGUUUGUGUUGGCCCCAUAAGUAAUCUUUCACGGUACCACCUAAGUAUUGUCUUGUCUUUUUAUAAAGAAAUCCAAUUUUGCCGGAGUGAUUCUCAGUUCCUCCACUUGCCUACCUGCAUGUAUUUAUCUACUCCACGUGCCUGUUGUGUGUCUCAACCUAGGUAGCCACACUCUUUCCAAACUUCCGUCCCUAAGCUAAAAGCCCUACUCUCUUCCACAUGGCUUCACAUCAAAUAUCAGGAACUUGUGCUGAACAUACGAUUUCAGUAGCUGAUGAAGAUGCUCGAAAGGUCCAGAGAUUGCGAUGAGCUCAAUGGCUCCGAGCAGCUAUUCUAGGAGCUAAUGAUGGUCUGCUUUCUACCACAUCACUAAUGCUUGGCGUAGGUGCAGCGAAGGAAGAUAGACGGUCCAUGGUCUUAUCUGGACUGGCUGGAGCUGUUGCAGGUGCCUGUAGCAUGGCUGUUGGGGAGUUUGUUUCUGUCUCAACCCAAAAAGAUAUCGAAAAGGAAACUGUUAGCCACUUCAGUUCGAAACAUUACGGGAAAGAUGCUCCUGGAAUCGGACUCGAUGGCACCGCAACUACAGCAAGCAUGAAAGGAGAAGCAAAGCUGGAUGACUCCAAGGUCAUCUCUGAGCCAACACAGAGAAUGUCACGAAGUAUGAUCCUCGAGCCAAAGCUGCCCCCAGAGCUUAAUGAAGUAGAUUGCAAGUCACUCGUACGUGGAGUAAUCGAUGUCUCGAUAAAGAGCAAAAUGGCCUAGAAGUACCAUUAUACUUGUGCUAUGAGUGUGGAGCAUGAUCAAGCCAAUCAGUUCAUAGAUUGAGACUUGCACGACUUGUAUGAUUGCAAAUUUGCAGGAGUGCAUCACUUUUAUCAGGGGUGGUUGGGGCAAAUCAAUAUAAUUAAUGGCACCAUUCUUGAUUGGGACUUCUGGGCCUCAUCUCAAGUCAAUGAGCCAUACCUUUGACAAGUUUGUUAACAGAAGCCUCCAUAUCCAAGAUGAUAAAGAUUUUGGGAAAUAAAAGAAGUGAAGAUAGACUAGACAAGGCAUGCAUGAUGGGAUAAAAAUAAAAUAUCUGGUGUAGAUGAUUGCCUGAAUAAGGACAAUAGGGCAUGACAAGGUGGUCAUCAUUUAAAGCCCCUCCAAAAAAACAAACAACUUGUAUAAAUGCUAUAGUCUGAAAGGUAGCAUUUCCUUCCAGCCACCAUAGAUGCACCAUAUCUAUAUGAUAGUUUGAAAGGUUGCAAAAGGAACAGUCUGAACUGCAAACUUGAAAAGGAUCUGAUCAUAGUUUGACAAUCAUGGGGCAGGGAGAAAAGCAGGAAUUCUCUUCUCCUUUGCCUGUUCUACCAAGAUUGGAUCGCCUUGAUCGUUUGCUGCAUUUUCUGGAAGAGAAGCAUUCCUUGUCAGGAAGGCACACAGCCAAGUCUGUAGUCAGGACAGUGGAAGCAGAAGAUCAGUGCAAGAAUUUAUCAUCUGCACUCGAGGAAGUUCAACACAAAGGCACCCUGAUGGAUAGACUAGAAAUGCUCGAAAACCGAGUAUUACAGUUAAGCCUAGAGAUGGAUGUAGAAAACACAUCGAGGUCAAGCUCUUCCACCUUUCAAGGACCAGAAAAAAUGGGCCGUGAUGAGGUUUCAACCAUAAUCACUAAGGAGGAUGGGCAGAUGAUCAUCACCAACCAAGAGAAGCAAGAUUCUCUUACAGAUCAAGAAAUCACUUGCACUGCAGAAGCAUGUGUAAGAAUUUCAAAGGCUUCCCAAAAAGAUAAAAGGCGCAAAAAGAAGCGCAGGGCAUGGCUUGGGUGGCUUGCAAUGGGAUGCUAAUGUUCGCUAUCCCCAGCAACUUGGGCAAACUAGUUUUCACUUGCAAGUUCCACAUCCUGCAGAUUUCACGAAGCUCUUGCUCUUCUUGUCUAAUUUUUCCAUAACCUUUCUAUGUCUAAUCAUUGAUCCUGUUAGUCUCAAAAUGUUAAUAAAUUUCCCAAUUUACUAAGCAUAA